AUAUCAAUGACUUGGGGCUAGAGCUGACCUUCUCGGUGGAAACGGACGUAUUUGGAGCAAUGGAAGAAGUGCCUUUGAAGCCGGGUGGUGCAAGCAUAAUUGUCACACAGGAGAACAAAGCUGAAUAUGUCCAACUUGUUACUGAGCUUCGAAUGACGAGAGCCAUUCAGCCUCAGAUAAAUGCUUUUCUUCAAGGUUUCCAUAUGUUCAUUCCUCCUUCUUUGGUACAACUCUUUGAUGAAUAUGAAUUGGAAUUGUUGCUUUCAGGCAUGCCAGAAAUUGAUGUAAAUGACUGGAUUAAAAAUACAGAAUAUACAAGUGGCUAUGAAAGAGAUGACCCAGUUAUUCAG